CUAUAUGUGUGACUGGUCACUGACAGUAUUAUUUAUUUCCUUUGACAGAUAACAAAUAUGCCCCAGCGGUCACUCUGAAUGGCUUCAUCUUCAUUCUGGGAGGAGCUUAUGCCAGAGCGACAACCAUCUAUGACCCAGAAAAAGGCAACAUAAAAGCCGGACCUAACAUGAAUCACUCCAGACAGUUCUGCAGUGCCGUGGUUCUGGAUGGAAAGAUCUAUGCUACCGGAGGGAUAGUGAGCAGCGAGGGUCCUGCGCUUGGAAACAUGGAGUACUACGACCCCAAAUCCAACAUUUGGACUUUAUUACCCAACAUGCCUUGCCCUCUCUUCCGCCACGGAUGUGUAGUCAUCAAGAAAUACAUACAAAGUGGUUGA